GUGUACAGUUUGCACCUUGCAAGUUCCACCACACUCUCAGCGGAUACCACCUGAGCAACUCACUCGACCUCCACCCCUCCACGUCAGUUACGUUACAUAGUUAUCGAAGGACCAACCGCCUUUUGGUGUCUCACAUAUCUGGAUAAUCGUUACGCAAUGUCACUUCCCAACCCGGCCUUUUGUGGUGUCUGCUGUCAGCUGUUCAACGAUGAUACAAGGCGUCCGCACAACCUGCCCUGCUCCCAUCAUUUUUGCGCAGAGUGUAUUGAUGAUCUUAUUGCACAAGAUAAGAAGGCUUGUCCCAGUUGCCAGAAAGGAUUCAAAGUUAAAUCAGCUAGAGAUUUAAUGGUUAAUCAAGCACUGAUUGACUGCAUCACUUCUAUUUUAUCAGUGAAAAGAAAACCCAGUAAACGUGGUAGCAAGAUGAAUGCCAGGUACCAGGAAAGAAUCGACGGUUUCAAAGAGGAGGUCUGCAAGAGUAACGGAGAAGUCAUGGCAGACCUUAAGCACAUGAAGGAAGACGUCGAAAGGCUUAUGAAGGGUGAGGAACAGCUACAGAAAAGUCUCUCGACCCUGAAACGCCACCUCAGUGAAGAAGUUCCUGCACAUAUUCAAAAACUAAUGUCUAAGAUCGAUGAGCAUAUCCAGAAGUCCAGCAAUGCCCGACUCAAGUUGAAAGAGUCUUUGAAAGAUGUACUGAAGAACGAAGAGAAACUUGUAUCUGCAAGGACGGUACUGGACUCUGCUUCAACUUUGGAAGACACUUCUGCUGUUAUUGAUGAAACUGAGGAAAUCAAUAUGGUAGUCAGAGAAUGGGUAGAAAGUUUAAAAGAAUUUGUGUCUAAAGAAGAUAACCAGCUUCAGGAAAGAAAUAAGGAACUGAAGGUGUCUGAAAGGUUUCACAGCAACCUUAUGAAAUUCCUGGUCCACGAACCUGAAAAAGGGGCUUUCCAUCUCAUCCCUAUCACAGGAGUUGCUGCAAGCAAGAUGGAUCUUUCAAGUCAAGUAACGGCUAUAGGGCUCUGGGAGAUGAGCACCCCUGUAAGAAUCCUAGUUGAAGAAGGACGAGUCUUUGCACUCCUGGAAAGCAAUAAUACAAGGAUUGCACUCCUGGAAAGCAAUAAUACAAGGAGGUCUGCGAAAAUCACCAUUGAAAAUGGAGAGCUACUCGUGUAUAGUUUACAAGACGAAGACGAACCUAUCCCCAAGGCCUAUUAUGUGCAGUAUGAAGACGUUCUGAGCCUAACCAUCUCUAAAAGUACAGUCUUCCUGGAUUUGGAGACCAAAGGCUUGUCGGUUGGAAGAGUCUUCAUCCUUCUCACUGACAAUGGAAUAGCCAACAACAUUCAUGGACACUUCACAGGUGGUUCUGGAGAAAGCUAUUUAGGCACACCCUUGCAAAUAGCUAACAAAGGGCAGCUGUGGGAACGAGCUGUAUGUGGUUACAAGGUAUCGGAAGCAAUAAGUGGGAAUGUAGCAGCUCAUUCCCUAAACAAGAAUAAUGUCAAACACAGCAACAGUGGAGUAGUUUGGCUCUUGGACCAAUACAGGACACCACCACUGAUUGGUAUACACUCAGGUCCAUUCAUGCCUAACAAUGGUACACAGGUGGGCAAUGUGGAGGAAGGUAUAGACAUACUCAGUGACGCCAUUCACUGGUCAGAGGAUAUAAAGGAUCUUAUGGUUAGCCAGUGUGGUUUGGUAUUACCUACCAAAGUCGCUCUUGCCAGCUAAAUUGGUUUAAAAUAGUUUGGUUGGGAGCUAAAUUGGUUUAAAAUUGUUUGGUUGGGAGUCAGUAUAAUAAAUCCCAGUUUAUUUAGAAUAUUAAAGUUAGUAUAUCCUGUUCAGUUGGAAAUUGAAGGCAGUUAUUUCGGUAGAAUAUGAAAACUUUACAGCCAAGCCAAUAAUUAAUUUCAACUGUAUCAAUGUUAGUAAUGUAGUGCAGGCAUUAAGUUCGGUUAUAUCAAUGUUAAUACUUAUAAAAUUCAGUUUAUGCAUGUUAAUACUUGUUAGGUAUGGUUAUAUCAAUGUUAUUGGUGUAGUAUAAUUAUAUAUAUCUGUUCGCAGUAUCCUGUGUAUCUAUGCAAAAGAUGCAUACAUCUUCAUCAAUGUGUUUACUGAUGGCGGAGGGGAGUCAUUGUCCGAUUUCCUCUAUAAUAUUUUUGGGAAAAUUCGGUCUGUAAUAGUGUAAGCAAGUUAAGGCGUGAGAGCACCAACAGUUUAUUCUCUCAGCUACAUUUAAUUCGCUAACAAGUUUGUUGAAAUGACUAAUGUGUAGAGUUUAAAUUUAACAACGAACUAGAAAACCAGGAAUAGCACAAUUUUUAUUUACUGAUAUUUUCCUUGUAUUGAAUUUCCCAAGUCUGUGCUGUAUUGCAGUUAAUAGUAAGUAUUAAAUCCAUUAAAUAUAAUAAGUAUAACUUUUCACCUUUUACCCAACAAAACCCACAUGGAAAACGAAACGAACAUCUUGGCUGAUAUUUCCGAAGUUUUAUCUGGUGUGUUGUGUGUGGCGGGUUUGGAAGUUAUGGCUACCAUUAUUCUUUGAAUCUUAUAACUGGGUUCUUUUUGACUUAAGAAUUUUAGGUUCUUUUUGAGUAAUUCUUGUUCGGUUACCUCUAAUUACCAUUUGAGGUUUAGUUUUUAGUUAUUAAAAUUAAUUUGUUUAAAAUUCAACAAAUUUGUUUCAAUUACCCACUAUUUAAUAUCCUUUUGCUGUGAUCCCAUUGUAGUGAAUUGUAAAGGAAAUUUGAUCUGAAGAAAUUAUUGUCUUCAUACUUUCAUGUUAAUAAUGUGAUCUGGCGAAAAGUAACUUGCAGGAUCGAAGUCGAGCACCUCCUGUCGAAUCCCUUAACCAACAAUAUAACCGGAGGUCAUCCCUGCUCACAAAUUGGGAGUAGGUAAGUACUUGGUUUGGAGACACUGGUUUUUAUAGAAACGGCAAAAGGAGUUUUGUAUUUUUACCUUUGGGGGUAGUGUGGUUUUUUGACCAAAUAGAACUCAGACCAUGUAAGCAUACAGCCUAAGAACGUUGGUUUUGUUUGCAAAGUUUUGAUUUUUGUUAGUCUAGGCCGCCGCGGAAUAGUACUAGUGAUCUACCUUUUAUAUUAAUCAUUUUGUAUAAGUAUGCAUGUGAAGUGAUCUAGAAAUACUUUUUGUUAAUGAUUCAUAUCUAUGCACAUAUAACUAUUUGUACCUGAACGAACUACUUAGUAGCCAGUAUUAGUGCUUUUAUUAGGAAGUUCUUCAAUAUUUUUUUUUCCCCUAAACAUGAGUAGUCGUAUUUUAUUUUGCAUCAAUAUUACGUAAUUCCAGAGUGAAUUGCCUCUCUGAGGACGAAUCCAAAGCACCAUAAAUCUCAAGAAGUCAGACCAAAGAAGUCAAGAACAACUAGAACGUAAAAUGUAAAUUUCUUAGAGAACGAUUGUAUAGAUCAAUCAUAAAAUUAUUAUUAUUAUUAUACAGAAGAUGAACCUAUUCAUAUGGAACAAGACCACAAGGGCCAUUCUGAACAACAAGCUUCCAAAGGGUAUGGAGGAGGUAAAGGUCUGCACACAACGUAAACGUGGUGUGCAGACCUUACCUCUUUUAGUCGCUCAGCUCUUUCUUUCUUUAUGAAUAGGUAGUUUUCUUCUCACUCCCUAUUUCAACGUUCUGAGUAUAUUUUAGUUUUUGUUGUAAUUUUUAAGUUUAUUUUAAUUGUGAAUUUCAAUUGCAAACUGAUGAUGUGUUGGUGACAACAUGAAACUUUUCUUAAUAAAACACGUGUACAUGA